CGGACGCAAGCGCGGCGCUCAAGAGACUUUCAGAGGGUUUUCCUAAAUAAAAACACUACGUGUUUCUGGUCGUGAAAGUAUAUUUUGUCAGUUAGGCAGUCUCACUGCAGUGGCCCCACCCUUCUCCCCUCUGGUUUUGAACCGCAAACGAGAGCCUUUUUAAGUCAAAACCACGAGCAACACAGCUGAAAACCAAUUUAAGGACCGUUCAAAAAAUCAAGGAUAUAUUUUCAAAGACCUCUUUCGACCAAGUCAGUUAAAUAAUGUGUUUUCAGAGUGUGUAACAUUUGUGUGUGUGUAUGUGUGCCAGUGUGUGUUUUCCAGUGUGUGCGUCAAUCCAUCCAAAGUAGUUAAGCCCAAAUAAAAACAUAAUAUAUUAAAAUCGCGAAAAAAAGUAACUUUUGAAAGAGCCAUAAACAAAUCGCAGUCUACGAAAUCCGUUCAAAGCUCGCGCGCCAAUAUUGCUCCAAUUUAAGAAAACGGCUUAGCAACAAUUGCAUUGAACAGUUGAGCACAAAAAAACUGAAACUGAAACAACAACUACAACACGUAAAUAUAGAAAGCUUAACAAUCAAAUCCAACAACAACGACAACGAGGGAUUAAAAGCCAGUAACAACUAUAAAUGUGGUGGGUGCAUUAUUGCCAUUAACCAAAUCCAGAAUGAUCGCAGAGCAGCUGGUGGUCAAAAGUGGCCAGGUGAUUCACUGAGGAGCCCGAGGAAAGCGAUAUCCAUUAAGCACUGAGAACAAAAGAAGCAUUAAAGCGCUUGAUUAACUGGUGGACAGGUGGAUUUUAAAGCGGCAACGGAAUGGCACACUUUGGCUGGCUCCUCAAAUUCGGUUUUCUGCUGCUGAUGUUGUCCGGCUGCCGGACACGCCCCGCCCCUUUUCCGGGCGGACGGCAGAGUGAGCUCAUCGCGGGCAACGAGUUCCUCAAGCUGUUCCUCGAUCACGAUGACCAGCAGAGAAGCCUCCACAGCAGCGAACAGGAAUUCGAGGGCAGAGCGGAGUCCCCAUCCUCAUCGCCAAAUCCUCGCCAGAGAUCAGCAACCGGCAGAAGCUUGGAUGUGGGCAGGAAUCGCUAUAGGAAUUCCCUGAGUUCCGGAAACACUCACGACGAGGAGCAGCCCAACUCCAAACAGGUGGCCAAGCUGGUGACCUCCGGCAGUAAAAUAGUGUUCCUCGAAGAUGCCCCCAAUGCAGUCAAGGGAAAGUCCAGCGAUGAGGUCAAAGUGGUGGCCGUAAGUGUGAGUUCCUCCAGUAAAAGAGGUCCUUCGAAGAGCACUCCUUCCAGUGCCACAGGAAGUGCUUCAGACUUUGUGAACCGCUCCCAUAAAAGUGAACUUUCCAUCGAGGAAACGGAACCCAGAUUGGCUGGCGAUUCCACAGAUGUUGAGGGAGAUUCCCUGAAUAGUGCCUCCAAUAUACAAAGUGUGCUGGCGGCUCCUUUACUGGCAGCUAACUCCGCACACUCCUUCUUGAAAAACCAAAGUGAGAUUGAUAGUGAGGAGACGGGAACGGGAACGGGAGCAGGAGCUGGAUUACCAUUUCAAACAGUGAUUUAUCAUGACACCAAACAGGGCAGAGGACCGCAGUCAAGGUCAAUAUCCUACAGUUCCAUCUCCCAAAAUGUGGAUGAUUUGCAAGCCUGGCAGCAAUCGAGAAGUGGCAUUCUAGCGGAGGCCCAGAGAAAUGUGAGUGAGAGCUUAAAACAUGGGCACUCCUCGGAACCAGCCAAAUUCUACUCCGUUCCCUCGAAAAUGUACAGUGUGCCUAGCAAGUUUUACUCAGAACCAGCUAAGGUCUACUCCGAACCGGCCAAGAUGUAUGGACAGCCCGAAAAGGUUUACUCAGAGCCAUCUAAAGUCUAUGGCCAACCCUCGAAAUUUUACUCAGAGCCAGCCAAAGUGUACUCGCAACCCUCGAAGGUUUAUGGGGAGCCGGCAAAAACGUAUUGGCCACAAACGUUGAUCACCACAGCGGCAACACCCCUUGGGAGCACUAGUUCUGCCCCAGCUUCAACCACCAGCGGCAGUUCCACUGAGAAGCCACUGACGCCCACCACUUUUGUGCCACUUAGAUCCCGACCACGACCCGCGAUUGUCUCGCGCAUCGCUUUUGGCGAGGCCCAGAGCACAACCACCACGACAGCAGCAACACCAAACAGCACGGCAGCAACAUCGAGCAAUUCGGCAGCAACAUUGGCCAGCAGGGUCACCACAGUGAAGCCUCCCAGCACUGGCACUUCUGGGAGCAUUCGGCCAACCACUUGGCAGCAUCACUAUCACAGCUACAACCACCACCAGCAGCAGCAGCAGCAGCAGCAACAUCCACAACAAGCUCAUCCAACGCGCCGAGUACUCUUCAAUUUGGAUAAAUUGCCUUAUGAUUUAUUGAAUGCACCGCAGCCGCAUCCAUUGGAUCCAAUUUUAUCGAAGCACUCAAGUCCGAGCAACUACCACCAGCAACAUCACCAACAGCCGCAUCAGCAACACGAACAGCAACAGCAACAUCAGCGUCCGUGCUGGGAGCAACAACGUCAGCAUUCAUCACCGCCGCAUCAACAUUCUAAUCAAAAUGCCAAAGGAUUGCCCAAUAGAGAUCUAGUCAAGUGUGUUUCCAAAUUUGCACACCAACAUAGAGCGGCAGCGGCAUCGCUGGUGGACCCAUCACCGCCAUCACCUUCGGGGUCAGGCGGUGGCUAUUCGUACAGCUCCAGCUCCACCAGCUCGUCCUCCUCAUCCUCCAGUUCAUCGGCAGCAAAGCAGCAGCAGCAGCAGCAGCAACAGCAAAUUCAACAUUUUACCACCGAGCGCCCCGAGCUGUAUACUCCAACCUCAGAGCAGAAUUACGAAAUUGAAGAGUCCGUUAGUGUUAUGACAAACGGACGAGCCCAUGGAUUGCAGGGCGGUGCAGGUGGUGCAGGGAGUGCUGCUGCUGCUGGUGGUAGUGGUGCAGUGGUUCAGGCCACAACGCCAGCCAGUCCACUCGUCCAAUCGAGCACCUCAGCCAGCAGUCGUGGCAUCAACAGAGGACGUGGCUCAGUGGUUUACAAUGCAAAUGCCAACGAUUAUUCGGACGACGAUGGGGAUACGACGGGAGGGGAGGCAGGUGACUCGGGAUCGGAGGGCCCCGAAACCCCCGACGACGAAGACAAAGUCGCCUAUGUGGUCGAGGGACGCAACUACCGAAAGUACCGCGUGGAGGAGAAGACCGACGACGGCUUCAUCGUCGGCGAGUACGGAGUGGUGGACCACAACGAUGGAAACUUGUGGGGAGUGCGUUACACCGCCGACUCCACCAUCAAUCGCAGUCUGAUACAGAAGGCGUUGCUCACGUUUCUCAAGCUCAAGUAGGGGCCAAACGGUCAUCUUCCACUCGGAAAAACCAUUGAACUAAAGUUGCAAAAGACGUACCCAGAGAAAUAAUUGGAAACUACAGGGAACUUUGUGUCAGAUGGGAAGCACAUUAAAAAAAGUGAAAGAGCUUAGGAGGGCAGAACUUUCAGUACACAUGGAAUUUUUAAAACUUAACUUAUAGAAACGAAAACAGUGAUAUAAGAUAUGACAUAUGUAGAAUAUAUGUUAGAGAAAUACUUUAUUACUUUUAAUUUAAAAAAUUUACAAUUUUCUUUUUCUCAAAACUUUGGUCGUACUAUAUAUAUAAACUUUUAAUUAAAGACUAAAAGCAUAAAGAUAAUAAAUAGUUAAUAUAAUGAAUAGCAGCGUACGUACUACUGUAAAAAUACUCAAAAAAAUUAUAGAAAAUCGUUGGGGAUAUUUGAAAUCACAAAAUAUUUCUUGGAACCUUAAUUAAAGUAAAUUUUAAAAUAUUAAAAAUAUCCCAUUAUUAUAGUGAUUUUCUUAAGUGCAGAGCAAUGGUUUUUCCGAGUGUUUUUCCACCAGCACCCCGCACUUCCCCACUGAAGAGACAGCUGCAAAGGCACUCACAUGUGAUCCAAGUCGUAUUGUAGUUAGCCUAGAUAACCUAAACCUAGGUAGAUAAACCUAAUUAGACGUACUACCCUAGCAUGUAGCCACUAGUUGAGUUCCCACGAGAUCAGGACACACACUCACGGGCCCUGUGUGUGUGUGGAUGUGUGUGUGUUUAGUCAGUAAACGAAUUUUGUUUUAAUGUUUAGUUAAUGUUUUAAUUAAUUUAUUGUAGUUGUUGGUAUUGUAAUUGUAAUUGUAGCCGUAACUCUAAUUCGAGCCUAAUUUAUUCAGCCGACCAUUCAGCACUCGAAAUUCCACAGAUCUAGCAAACUUGCCAUAAAAUCCGAUGCGGGAAAUCCGAAGUAGCCGAGCACCUAACCUAACCAGCAUUAAGAACGAGCAAAAAACUAUCCUAAUUAGAGCCUAAGUGACUUGCGCAGUGAAAUAAACUAAA